GCCAAGGGCAUGGGUUCCGGGCCCAGCGCUUUCGGUUCUCGGAGGAGCCGGGGCUGGGAGAGGAGGGGGCCAUGCUGGAGGUCCGCGUCCCGCAGGUCCUGCAUCUUCAGUAUGGAAUGUAUGUUUGGCCCUGUGCUGUGGUCUUGGCUCAGUACCUGUGGUUUCACAGAAGAUCUCUACCGGGCAAGGCUAUUUUAGAGAUUGGAGCUGGAGCAAGCCUUCCAGGAAUUAUAGCUGCAAAAUGUGGUGCUGAAGUAAUACUGUCAGACAGUUCAGAGCUGCCUCACUGUCUAGAAAUCUGUCAGCAAAGCUGCCAAAUGAAUAACCUGCCACAGGUGCGUGUCAUAGGACUAACGUGGGGUCACAUAUCUCUGGACCUUCUGGCUUUGCCACCACAAGAUAUUAUUCUUGCAUCCGAUGUAUUCUUUGAACCAGAAGAUUUUGAAGACAUUUUAACUACAGUAUACUUUUUGAUGCAGAAGAAUCCCAAGGUCCAAUUGUGGUCUACUUACCAGGUGAGAAGUGCUGACUGGUCACUUGAAGCUUUGCUCUACAAGUGGGAUAUGAAAUGUGUCCACAUUCCUCUGGUGUCUUUUGAUGCAGACAAGGAAGAUAUAGCAGAAUCUGCCCUUCCAGGAAGACAUACUGUUGAAAUGCUGGUCAUCUCCUUUGCAAAGGACAGUCUCUGAAUUACACCUACAAGCUGUUUUGGGACAAUGUCAAUGCUGAUUAGCAACCUGGCAUGCCAAUUAGGAUCCAGACCACUUCAGUGAGAGUGUAAGUGGUGGAUUUGAAGAUGAUCAAAUCUCUCAGCCUUAAGACUGUGACGGCCCACCUAGACAAUAUUCAUGGGUUACAUAGCCAUCAAGACAAAAAUUAAAACACCUAUUA